AUGGCCGACGCGAACUUCUGGAGCUGUAGAGUCGUAGAGAACCCAACUCUCAUCUUCAGCAAUAAGAUCUUUGAGAAACUCUUUCCGAUGCGGGCGAAGAAAGAGAGUUUGUUAGAUGGAUACCCGGGUAAACAGGGAGCCAUCCGUCACGGUCUGAGGGAUCCAUCGAGCCAGCACUUUUCUGUAGAGCCGAGGGCUUGGAGACGACUGACGACUGUCGAAUGGCUCGUCGCAAGAAUGCGGUUGUUGAUCUCCGGAUCGUCUUUGACAGCGUCGAGAGUGGCGGAGCCUUUGCUUGACAGCCUUGAUAGUAGUGGCGCCUUCGCCCAAGUUGGUGUUGGUGUUGCGGCCUUCUGCCGUUGCUUUAAUGUCGCCACGCCAUCCAAUGAAGAUGAUAGCUCGUGA